GUUAAAGAAAAACAGUUCCCUGUAAGGACCUCUCAAUUUCCUGUGGAAAGGACAGGCACCUACCAGAGGCCAAAAUUUAGAUCCUGACACCUCGUAUAACCACAGAAGAAGCCGGAUGCACCUCUGUGAAUUAAACAUCUAAAGCUGGGAUGAGGCCGAGAGCUCCCCUUUGCUUCCAGCCUCGGAGCAGGACCAGGAGAGCUCUGCUGUGAGUCCCAGCUGAUAAAGAAUUCCGGCUCUGUGCCCCCUCCAGCUCUGUCAGGGAGUUCACUGCGGCUGAUUUCGUGUCCCCCACUGCUCCUGGUGGCCUCUCCCCGCCAUGGCCCCUCUGUCUCUCACCCUGGCCCUGCUGGCAAUGGCCGUGGCCACUGUGGCCAACGUGGUGCUCCUGGACAUGGCCUGGGACUCCUUCGAUGACCGCUACGAGGGCUGUGGCCCCGCCAUGACCGCGGCCUUGCCGGCCCUCAACCGCUCCGAGUUCCAGCACAAUCCUCUCUUGGCCCGGGUCUGGCCUCAGGCCGUGAUUGAGUGGCAGAAGUGGGGGUCCCCUUUGUCCCCUCUGCCUUCCCCAGACCAGGCCAUCGCCAUCAUGGCCUACAUGAUGGGUGACUUGUACAUGGACUUCAACCUGGCCAUGCCCAUGGCCGGGCGCUCUCCCCAGCACUACCGGGACAACUUCCAGUACAAAACGUUUCAUUUCCUGCUGACCCAGGCCCUGGUGGCGCUGAGGGGCGCUCAGAAGGGGCAGUGUCUGGACGUGUCCCAUCAGGCCUGUGGGGUCCUGUUCACAGCACGCCGCGGUGACACCGUCCGGUUCGGUCAGUUCCUGCUAACGAUUCCGAAGAAGCCACGUGGUGGUGGGUGCCCAGAGGGGACGGAGUUCCAGGUGCGCACGUGCCACGCCGUGGAAAUACAAUCUUUCUUCCAACAAACGGAAAAUGAGUGGGUGCUGAUCCCACCCUACGAGACCUUUGAGGUCACCGAAGCCACCCAGGAAGGGACAAGGGUACAGAUCCAGCUCCGCUCCACCGGGACCCACAGCAAAUACAACUGCGAGUGGCUGAAAGGUGGGAGCGUCCCCAGCACCCAUUUCCACCUUGGAGGGCUCCUCCUGGCCACCACAGCCCUGGCAGUGGCCACCGGGAUCCUCUGAGCCACGAGGCCACCAAGGUCACUGAGGCCACUGUGGCCACCACGCUCAGCAAGACUCUCUGAGCCACAAGGCUACCACAGCCACUGUGGCCACCAAGGCUAUCGCACAAAUCAAUUGUAUUAAAGAUACUCUGCAGCACUGCCUGGUGCCGUGUCCAGCUCUGCCCAGUGCCGUGUCCAUCCCUGCCCAGUGCCGUGUCCAGCUCUGCCCAGUGCCGUGUCCAUCCCUGCCCAGUGCCGU